AUGGCCUCGCUCCUCAAGAAAGCUUUCGGCCUAAGCGGAGUCGAUGGCAAUCCCUCCAACCAACCACCGCUUCACGGUCUCCGCGUAGUCGAAUUCGCCGGCCUUGCUCCCGGGCCUUUGGUAGGCCUCAUUCUGGCAGACUUUGGUGCAGACGUCAUCCGAAUCGACAAAGUGGGAGCCUCGAUCAACCCUGACGGGCUUGCGAGGGGCAAGCGCUCCAUCUCCGUUGACCCAAAGACGGCUGACGGACUCGAGACACUGAGGAGGUUGGUCGAAAAGGCCGACGUGGUUAUUGACCCGUUUAGGCCAGGCGUGUUGGAAAGGUUGGGUUUGGGGCCGGAGGAGGCUGCAAGAAGCAAUGAGAGGGUCAUCUUUGCGAGAUUGACAGGAUUUCAGAGGCAGGGCCCGUACGCUAACAUGGCCGGCCACGACAUCAACUACAUUGCAUUGAGCGGUCUGCUCUCGAUGCUGGGUAGCUCCGGUGGUGCACCACAGCCGCCCGUCAACAUCUUGGGCGACUUCGCCGGCGGCUCUCUUAUUUGCGUGCUUGGCAUCCUCCUCGCCCUUGUGGAGCGCGCUCGCUCCGGCAAGGGCCAGGUAGUCGAAGCCGACAUGGUCACUGGCGCACGCUACGUGUCGACCUUCUUGCUGCUUUCGAGCUAUCUGGAGCAUCCAGAGUGGGGAAAGAUCUUGGGCGAUGGCACAAAUGAGACAAGGGGCAGCGGGAUGCUCGAUGGUGGGGCGCCGUGGUAUGGGGUGUACCGCACCAUGGACGACGGGUGGAUGAGUGUCGGGGCUAUCGAGCCGCAAUUCUAUGCUGAGCUGCUCAGACUCCUCAAGGAGAGCUCCAGCAGAGAGGCGGGGCUGCAGCAUCCCUCGGCGAAGAAGCAGCACGACAAGAGCCUUUGGCCGUCAUUACGGGAGUACUUCACCUUGGCGUUUGCCUCCAAGACUCGGGCAGAGUGGGAGAAGAUCUUCCUUGGCACGGACGCAUGUUGCGUGCCUGUACUUACCCGCGAUGAGGCUGCGGUCAGCGGUAUCACUCCGGGGCUGUCGCGCGAGGCAAUUGUUGAGGACGGCGACACGGCUGUCCCUUCGCCUGCGCCUGUGCUGACGCGUACGCCAGCAAGGGUAGCCGCUGGCAGUCCCCACGCUGCUCCCGAUGCAGAUGGCUACGAGCCGCUUCUGACUCCGGGCGAGCACUCUUUGGCUGUAUUACGCGAGUGGCUGGGCACGUCAGACGACGAGGCGAGAAAGCUGGCGAGGGACAGGUCGGUAGGCGGCAGUGAGCUCGAUGACCUGGAGCCGGAAGCGACGGCGGGCAAGGCGAAGCUGUGA